AUGAACAUGAAGCCUCGAGGGCAAAAGGAAAGUAUGCUGACGCUGCGCGGCGUUUCCGUAAUGGUGAUACAGCCGCCGGGAGGCACAACUUAUCCUCGAUGGCAGAGUCAGAAAUUCUACAGAAAACUUAAAUUUACAUCACGGUCACGGACCUCCCAGGCUGUGCCGACAGCCAGCAUCCUUUUGGGAGCUGAAAAGAAGACCAACUUGCGAGUCGCGAUCAAGGCACACUGCUUGGACCUGGUCACGGAGCAGGCAGCAAGACUAGAGCAUAUGUUGGGAUGUGGCUGCACUCGUGGCCUUCGCGGGCUCAGCUGA